AUGCACCACUAUGCUAUAUUAUUCAGCAUAUUUCUUCUAAUAGUGUCUUCUGGUACUGAGGGAAGUUUACCACAAACAUCCUCUCCAUCUGUAUUGUAUGUUUGGUCCGGACAAGACAGUUCUGUAUCUAAUGCCUCUGAUUUCGUUGCUAUAAUUGAUUUUGAUGAGACGUCUUCUACCUAUGGGAACAUUUUGAAAACAGUUUCACUUGUUUCGGAUGCUGCCAACCGUAUUGGACAAUUAGGAAAUGAACCACAUCAUUCAGCUGUUUCUGCAGAUGGUCGUUAUUUUAUUGCCGGUGGUCUUCUUAGUUUCAUGUCUGGCAAUAAAGAAGUGUUUGUCUAUGAUAUUCCCAAUAAUCGCAAGCAAGGUCCAAGAUUUCUAUAUGCACUUGAUGUACCAGGUGCGUGUCCAGACGAGUUUUUACCACUCGGUGGUCCUACAUUUCUUGUAAGCAUGAUGUCUAAUGAACAGGGUGACAGUCCAGGUGAUAUGGUGUAUAUCAAUGCUGAAACUGGUAUGGCAAAAUCAAUCCUCAAAAAUAGUUCAGCACUCAUCGAUUUUAAUCCACAUGGGUAUGGUCUACUUCCCAAUGGGUCAUUAUUCGUAGCAGACUAUAUUAAAGCAAAUACAUUAUUCAGCACUGAUCCAUCACAGAUUGUCUUUCGAAAUACGGCUUGA